AUGAACUACCAGCAGCAGCUGGCCAACUCGGCUGCCAUCCGGGCCGAGAUCCAGCGCUUCGAGUCGGUCCACCCCAACAUCUACUCCAUCUACGAGCUGCUGGAGCGCGUGGAGGAGCCGGUGCUGCAGAACCAGAUCCGGGAGCACGUCAUCGCCAUCGAAGAUGCCUUUGUGAACAGCCAGGAAUGGACAUUAAGUCGAUCUGUCCCGGAGCUCAAAGUGGGCAUUGUGGGUAAUUUAGCCAGUGGCAAGUCGGCCCUGGUGCAUCGCUAUCUGACCGGCACGUACGUCCAGGAGGAGUCUCCCGAAGGUGGCAGAUUCAAGAAAGAGAUUGUUGUUGACGGACAGAGCUAUCUGCUGCUGAUCAGAGAUGAAGGGGGCCCUCCAGAGGCACAGUUUGCCAUGUGGGUGGACGCUGUUAUAUUUGUCUUCAGCUUGGAGGAUGAGAUAAGUUUCCAGACGGUCUACCACUACUACAGCCGGAUGGCCAACUACCGGAACACGAGUGAGAUUCCGCUGGUCCUGGUGGGAACCCAGGAUGCCAUCAGCUCCACCAACCCGCGGGUCAUCGACGACGCCAGGGCGCGGAAGCUCUCCAGCGACCUCAAGAGGUGCACGUACUACGAGACGUGCGCCACGUACGGGCUGAACGUGGAGAGGGUCUUCCAGGACGUUGCCCAGAAGAUUGUUGCCACGAGGAAGAAGCAGCAGCUGUCCAUCGGGCCCUGCAAGUCCCUACCCAACUCUCCGAGCCACUCAUCUGUCUGUUCGGCACAGGUGUCUGCCGUGCACAUCAGCCAGACAAGUAACGGAGGCGGGAGUCUGAGCGACUAUUCCUCCUCUGUCCCGUCCACGCCCAGCACCAGCCAAAAGGAGCUGCGUAUCGACGUACCGCCCGCGGCCAACACGCCCACGCCCGUCCGCAAGCAGUCCAAGCGCCGGUCCAACCUCUUCACCUCUCGGAAAGGGAGUGACCCAGACAAAGAGAAAAAAGGCCUGGAGAGCCGGGCGGACAGCAUCGGGAGCGGUCGAGCCAUCCCAAUUAAACAGGGCAUGCUGCUGAAGCGAAGUGGCAAGUCGCUGAACAAAGAAUGGAAAAAGAAAUACGUCACCCUGUGUGACAACGGUGUGCUGACCUAUCAUCCAAGUUUACAUGAUUACAUGCAGAAUGUUCACGGCAAAGAGAUUGAUCUUCUGAGAACCACUGUGAAAGUCCCAGGGAAGAGGCCGCCCCGAGCCACAUCGGCCUGCGUGCCCAUCUCCAGCCCGAAAACCAACGGCCUGUCCAAGGACAUGAGCAGCUUGCACAUCUCACCAAAUUCAGGGAAUGUCACUAGUGCGCCUGGGUCUCAGAUGGCGAGCGGCGUCAGCCUGGGCUCCUUCAACAGCCGACCGGACGGCAUGCAGCAACGGUCCUACUCUGUCUCCAGUGCCGACCAGUGGAGUGAGGCUACGGUCAUUGCAAACUCAGCCAUCAGCAGUGACACGGGGCUCGGUGACUCCGUGUGCUCCAGCCCAAGCAUCUCCAGCACCACCAGCCCCAAGCUCGACCCGCCCCCCUCCCCUCACGCCAACAGAAAGAAGCAUCGGAGGAAGAAAAGUACCAGCAACUUCAAAGCCGAUGGCCUCUCAGGCACUGCUGACGAACAAGAAGAAAACUUUGAGUUUAUCAUUGUGUCCCUUACUGGCCAGACGUGGCACUUUGAAGCCACCACCUACGAGGAGCGAGACGCGUGGGUCCAGGCCAUCGAGAGUCAGAUCCUCGCCAGCUUACAGUCGUGCGAGAGCAGCAAGAAUAAGUCCCGACUGACCAGCCAGAGUGAGGCCAUGGCCUUGCAGUCGAUACGGAACAUCCGAGGGAACUCCCACUGUGUGGACUGCGAGACCCAAAAGCUGAGCACCACAGUGGUGUUCCAGCGCCUGGCACAGCGGCCCUCGCCCCAGGACUGGCCCCCGGGACUCCUGAUGGAACCCAGUCCAGCCCACAUAGGGGAGCUGUGGCCGGUGCACACGCCGGUCUUGAAGCCCAUCGCCGUCUGGGAGCCUGAUUCCAAGUCCCCAGGUGGGGCUGCAUCCGUCCACAGCCCUGUCAGCCUGGAUGGUGGUCAGGAAUCGUCAACAAAGCCGGUCACUGUUGUCACCAUCGUCACCGUCACCAGCAGCACCAUCAUGUGCAGGGAAGAGAAGGAGAGGUGGAUCCGGGCCAAGUACGAGCAGAAGCUCUUCCUGGCCCCGCUGGCGUGCACGGACCUGUCCCCGGGCCAGCACCUGCUGCGGGCCACCGCCGACGAGGACCUACGGAUGGUCAUCUUGCUGCUGGCGCACGGCUCCCGGGACGAAGUGAACGAGACCUGCGGGGAGGGGGACGGCCGCACGGCACUGCACCUGGCCUGCCGGAAGGGCAAUGUGGUCCUGGCCCAGCUUCUCAUCUGGUACGGGGUGGACGUGAUGGCCCGCGACGCGCAUGGGAACACGGCGCUGGCCUACGCGCGGCAGGCCUCCAGCCAGGAGUGCACCGACGUCCUGCUGCAGUACGGCUGUCCCGACGAGCGCUUCGUGCUCAUGGCCACCCCCAAUCUGUCUAGGAAGAACAAUAACCGGAACAACAGCGGCGGGAGGGUGCCCACCAUCAUCUGA